GAGAAAUUAUUGCUAAAAUUGAUGCCAGAAUCCGGAUUUGGGCCUUAGUUAGCCGGAUAAGUCACUUUUGCAUCGAAAUUUUGCCUGAAAGUAUCAAAAAUCGUGAUUAAAAGUGUGGCGGUAACGUAGAUUUCUGUAAUUUUGACAGUGACAGUUCCCAACUGACGUGUAUCGUGCUUGUGAGAUUUUUGAAUAAUGUUGGACUUAUUUACUAUUUUUAGUAAAGGAGGCAUUGUUUUGUGGUGCUUCCAAAGCACGAGUCAAGCGUUUACAUCCUCGGUAAACGCUUUGAUCCGCAAUGUGAUCCUCCAGGAACGUACAGGGGUCCACAAUUUCGACCACGACGGUCUGACCCUCCAAUACAAACUAGACAACGAGUUCGAUUUAGUUUUCGUUGUCGCGUAUCAAAAAAUCCUGCAGCUGUCGUACGUGGACAAGUUUUUAAACGACGUCCAUUUGGAGUUUAGGGAUAAGUACAAAAAUGACCUCGCGGAUGGAAGAUAUUUCCAGGAGUUUGAUUUCGUGGAUAGGUUUAACGCGACGCUACAGGCGGCCGAGCAAUGGGGCAAAACCCAAGCCAAGGCCCCUAAAGCUAUGCGUACUUUUGAGCAGUCGAAUAAGUCGAAAAAAACCGUAGCUUCUAUGAUUGAGCGGAAGGGAGAGGAGAAAAAACAGAAGAAAAAAGAAGUCAAUUUCAGCGAGGAACCCCCGAAAACGCCGCCCUCGCCCAAAGAAAAUAACCACGUGAUUGAGGAGGACGUAAUUGCGGCUAACAGGGCCAAGUUCGCACAAAAAAUGAACAAGAAGAAAAGCGAACCAAAAAAGAGUCCGAAACCCGCCGCCGAAAAAGCGGGUAAGAAACCCAGAAUUUGGGAUUUGGGGGGCACUAACAAAGAUCUGGAAACUCUGGAACGGACAACUGAUAAACCGGAAGACAUCAAAAGCCACUUUACGCCAGACACUGAAAUUGUAGGGAAAAUGAAGGGCGUAAUUAAAGAUCUAGAAGUGGAGUCCUCUUCGGACGAGGAAUACGAAGAAGAGGAGGCCCCAAGUCAACAAACCAAGCCCGCAUCCAGAGGCGGCAUGUUCUCAAUUUUCAAGGGUCUUGUUGGCUCUAAAAACCUGACCGCUGCGGACAUGCAGCCGGCCCUGGACAAAAUGAAAGACCACUUAAUCGCAAAGAACGUUGCUGCUGACAUUGCCAUCAAACUCUGCGAAUCCGUGGCUUUAAAACUCGAAGGUAAAGUCUUGGGUACUUUUGAAAGUGUCGCCUCCACGGUCAAAUCCACCCUGACGGAAUCACUGGUCCAGAUUUUGAGUCCGAAACGUCGUGUCGACAUCCUUCGGGAUUGUAUGGAAGCCCAACGUUCGGGACGUCCGUACGUCAUGACUUUCUGUGGCGUAAACGGCGUCGGAAAGUCCACGAAUUUGGCAAAAAUAUGCUUCUGGCUUAUUGAGAAUAAUAUGAGAGUGCUGAUCGCAGCUUGUGAUACGUUCCGUGCCGGAGCAGUUGAACAAUUGCGCACGCAUAUGCGACAUUUGAACGCUCUGCAUCCACCGGAACGGCACGGAGGACGUCAGAUGGUCCAGUUGUAUGAAAAAGGGUACGGGAAGGAUGCGGCAGGGAUUGCCAUGGAGGCGAUCAAGUAUGCCACGGAUUCGAGAUUUGAUGUUGUUUUGAUUGAUACGGCGGGGCGUAUGCAGGAUAAUGAGCCCCUGAUGAGGGCUCUAACUAAGUUGAUUAAGGUUAAUGAGCCCGAUCUUGUUUUGUUCGUGGGGGAAGCACUGGUUGGGAAUGAAGCUGUGGACCAACUUGUCAAAUUUAACCAAGCUCUGGCCGAUUACUCGUCGAGUAGUAACCCGCAUAUCAUCGACGGGAUUGUCUUGACGAAAUUCGACACUAUCGACGAUAAGGUUGGGGCUGCCAUUUCCAUGACUUACAUAACGGGCCAGCCGAUCGUGUUCGUGGGCACCGGCCAGACAUACACCGACCUUAAAGCAUUGAACGCAAAGGCCGUCGUACAUUCUCUUAUGAAAUAAGCCUCUUCCGCAAAACGCAAUUGUAAAUAAUUUACCUGAAACUGUAUAUUUAUUUAAUAACGGAGGUUUAACACAGAUUUUGUAAUUCUAAGGUGAAAAGUGAAUAAAUUUUUGUCUGUUGAA